UGCUCCGGAGGGACCGCGGAGAACAGGUGGACAGAGAGAGACACACCCUACCUGCCUGCUGAGUUUGCCUCGGUAGCUUCCACGGAGUAGCUUCGGCUACCGUCUCCGUGUCACAAUGAGUCAAUACGGGUCUCAGAAGGGCCUGAACAGGUCCAAAGGCGACUUGACUGGCGGGGGGACGUAUUACGAACGGAGCGAAGUCCUGCACGGAGGCGGUAAUGGAUACGACCCCUACAUGGACGGAUACAACACCUACUCCUUUUCAAGGUCCUCCACGGGCGGGAUGGCAGGCGGAAUGUCGGGCGGUAUGAUGAGCGGAAUGCCGGGCGGUAUGGUGGUGAGCGGAAUGUCGAGCGGAAUGUCAGGCGGAAUGGUGAGCGGAAUGUCGGGCGGCAUGGGAGGCGGAAUGGUGAGCGGAAUGUCGGGCGGCAUGGUGAGCGGAAUGUCGGGCGGAAUGGGAGGCGGAAUAAGUGGUUCCAUCCACCAGAGGGCCAUGAUCCUGCAGAGCCAGUGCCAGGAGUACCUGAAGAAAGCCGAAUACGCCCUUCAGUCUGGCAGUGCCUCGGGUGAUGCAGAGCGCAACAUGGCGAAGGCCAAAGAGACCAUUGAGCAGCUGAAGGGCUGCGCGAUGGACCUGAGACAAAUGGGACAGCCCAAUGAAAACGUAGUCAGGACUUUGGAGAUUUGUAAAGACCAGCUGAAGGGCGUACACUUGGCCAUGACAGGCAGCAUGCACAGGAGGAGGAGCACCAGAGGGAGCACUGGAGGUUGGGAGGAGGGCGGAAGGAGCUUCCAAGACGCUAUGGGCUGGAUUGCACAGCAAAAGCGUCUGAUUGAAACUGCAUCCUGGGGAGACGAUCCUGCAGCCAUCGAUCAGCAGCUCGUCAGCCACCAGAGGUUUCACAGCUCCAUCCAGAGGAGUGCCGAGGUUGAGCGAGCCAAAGAUGACCUGAUGAAGAAAGGAGACAAGCCGAAUCUUCACGCUCUGGAUCAGGAAUGGGACAGCCUGCAGCAAAUGUCGUUUAAUCGGACCGAGCAGCUGCAAGACCUGAAGCGGAUCAUUCAGGAGAUAUCCCAGGAGAUCAUGUGGGUGAACGACAGGGAGGAGGAGGAGCUGAUGUUUGACUGGGGAGACAAGAACAUCGACCAGUACAUCCCACGGAAGCAGGAGAGCUACUCGCAACUGAUGAGUGCCCUGGAGGACAAAGAGAAGGACCUGAAUAAACUGAAAGCCAAAGUGGACACCCUCCUGAAGAACAACCAUCCAGCUUCAGAAAAGAUCGAGGCUUACAAGGACACUCUGCAGACCCAGUGGAGUUGGCUCCUGCAAAUCACCAAGUGCAUUGAUGUUCACCUGAAGGAGAAUGCAGCUUACAGCCAGUUCUUCAAAGAGGCCAAUGAGACAUACAGCACCCUGCAGAAGGAACAUGAGUCAGUCCGCAAGAAGUUUACCUGUGACAAGAACACUUCACUGAAUGACCUACUGGAGCUACUCAAGGGUCUGGAGAGGGAGAAGGAGAGAAUAAUGGAAAACAAGAGGCAGGUUCACCAUCUGGUCAGCCAGUCCAAGAACAUUGUGAGGCUGAAACCCAGAAACCCUGAAGAGAAGCGCAGCAGCCCCGUCAUCGUCAAAGCACUGUGUGACUUCAAACAAGACCAGAAGGUGAUCUGUAAGGACAAUGAGGCAAUCCUGAAGGACAACGGUCAGCGCAGUAAGUGGGAAGUUACAGGCCCAGGAGGACUGGAUAUGACAGUGCCCUCUGUGUGCCUGAUUGUACCACCACCCAACCCACUCGGCAUCAGUCUGGCCAACAAGAAUGAGCAGUACUAUGAGGCCAUCCUGUCCAUCUGGAAUCAGCUGUACAUCAACGUUAAGAGUCUCAUCACCUGGCAGUACUGCCUCAUGGAUAUCAAUAAAAUCAACUCCCUCACCAUCAGCAUGCUGUCCCGCAUGCGUCCUGAGGAAUACCGCAAACUUAUCAAGAGCCUGGAGACUCACUACGAGGAGUUCAGACUGAACAGCAGCGGCUCCCAGAUGUUUGGUGAUGAGGACAAGAGGAUGAUCGAGAACCAGUUCACUGGAGCCCAGUCCCACUAUGACCAGCUGGUGGUGCAGCUGCCUACCUACAUUGCACAGCAGGAACAGAUAGAAGUACAACAAGCACCCGGGCAGCAACACCAUCAGUUUAUCAUAAUACAGCAGCCGCAACAACAUGCUGCAGCUGAAGCAGAGGCCAUGAGGCUGGAAGAGGAGGCCAGGAGGCUUGAAGAGGCCAGGAGGCGUGAAGAGGCCAGGAGGCUUGAAGAGGCCAGGAGGCUUGAGGAGGAGGCCAGGAGACGUGAAGAAGAGGCCAGGAGGCGUGAAGAGGAGGCCAGGAGACUUGAAGAAGAACGACGAAGAGCGGAGCUGAAAAAGAAGAAAACAGAUAUUAAGAGCAAUUCAGUAAAAGUGAUCAAGCCAGAGUCACUGAAGAAGGUGAAUGUCACCACUAUUUCUGCCUCCCCUGCCUCCUCAUCCUCCCUCAGCUUAUCUGAGCUGCACGCGCUCAGACUUAGGCUGGAGGGUGCAGAGGACAUGCUGAGUCAGCACGUUCACAUCUGCCUUGGAGAUGAUGGGAUGAACGACUGUGGCCUCAAGAUCACUCAGUUAGAGACGGUGCAGCAUGAUGUCGAUUUGAUGCGUGAGGAGUACUUACGUCUGAGGGAGCGUAUAUUGAAGGAGCUGGAUGGCAUGACUGAUGCAGAUAAAGCCCAGUUCCUCCGCAGUGAGCUUGGAGUCAUCAACCAAAGACUGGGCAGUCUGGAGAGCAGCUCAUCAGCUUACCUACAGCGGCUGCGGGCUCUAAGGGAUAUGCUGGAGAGUGUGGCACGAGCUGAAGACAUAGUGAAAGUUUAUGAGGCAAGACUGACAGAGAAAGAGACCACGUCUCUGUCGCCCAGUGAAGUGGAGGAUUACAUGAUGACCCUGAAGAAUAUUAAUGCAGAGCUGGAUCAGAAGAAGGAUGUUCUGACCUCCAUGGAGGCAGAGUUAGGCAAGGCCACCCACUGGAAUGGCCAGGUGGGUGGGCCUUUUCACAGGUGUGACAUGAUGCUAUCUAAAUACACUGAUCAGGUGAAUCUGCUGUCAGACCGCUGGAGACGAAUCCAAGGGCAGAUUGACACCAGAGUCCUAGAUUUGCAGGGAUACCAGCCUCAGCUGGAGCACUACAAGCAAACCAGCACGUCCCUUAUUGACUGGAUUGAUACCACACAGAAAAAACAAGACGCCCUGCAGGCCACCAAGAUAGAGAGCAUCCAAGCAUUGACCGACCAUAUUAACAACCAGAAGGCUCUGAACUCAGAAAUCAAAGCAAAGAGGGAGACCGUGGAGAGUGUGCUGAAGGAAAAUGAAGCCUGUGUGAAUUCUAUCAAGGACUAUGAAACAGACUUGGCUUCUUACACUUCUGGUUUAGAGACUUUGCUCAACAUCCCCAUCAAAAGGACAAUGCUAAAGUCGCCGUCGAUGGAUCUUAAUCUGGAAGCUACACAACUGCAAACCCGUUACAUGGAGUUGCUCACUCAUUCUGAUGACUACUACAGAUUCCUGGGAACACUGAUCAAAAACAUGGAGGAGCUCAAGAUUCGUAACACCAGGAUUGACCUGUUAGAGGAAGAACUUCGCCUGUUGAGGGAGAACGUGCAAGACCGUAGUGCCAAGAACAAAUCUUUGGAAGAUGCUGUUUCCCGCUACCAGCUGGAGCUGUCCACAGCACAGGACCAGCUGCUAUCGAUGGAGGAGGUGAAGCAAAGCACUGCGCUGCAGUGCAAUGCCACUAGGGAGAGCCUAGACACCAGUCAGAGCCAGCUGGCGGACCUCAACAAUGAGGUGACACGUCUCAACUACUUGCUUGAUGAAGAAAAGAGGAAGAGGAGACUGGCAGAGGAGCGCUAUGCUACGCAGCAGGAGGAGUAUGAGUCGGUGCUGAGGAAGAGGCAGAAAGAGCUGGAGACAGUCAGCUGGUCCAAGGUGGAGGUGGAGAAGAGUGGGGCAAGUAAGGAUUAUGAGAUUGAACAGCUGCGGCGGCAGCUGGCUGAGGAGUCAGCGAGGAUCAAGGAGCUACAGAAAGAGAUGUCAAAGGUAAGGAGCCAAUAUAGUGCGGAGAUCAAUAACUUAAAGCUCAGCUACGAAUCCCAGAUCCACAUCAGCCGCACAGAUAUGCAGAAGCUGGCAGCCCAGAGGGAGGAGGAUACAGCCGAUCUCCAGCAGCAAUAUGACAGGAUGGAGGUAGAGAGAAGGAAUCUGGAGGAGGAGCUCAGGAGGCUCAGAAUGUCUAUGAGCCAGGCUGAGGAACAAAGGAAGAGGGCAGAAGAAGAAGCUCACAGUCAGCGUGCUGUCAUCACAGAGGAAGGCCGCAGGAGGAGAGAGCUGGAAAGUCAGGUGGAGGUGCUAGCAAGGCAGAGAGAUGAGGAAAGCAGACAGUAUUCAGAGGAGCUGUCUGAAGUCAUGAAGACUCUGCAGGAGAAGAAUGAGGAGCUGGCCUACAUCACACACAGUCUGGAUGAGGAGACCCGUAGGAGGAAAACUACAGAGGAAGGGCAGGGUGUACUUGAACAGACUAUGGCCCAGCUGCAGGUGAAGCUAACCAGUUCAUCAAUGGCUGCGACCCAACUGGGGGAGUGUGAGAAGGAGCUUCGGAAGAUGCAUUCAGAGCUGGAGAGGGAGAGCAGGGAGCGAAGCAGAGUAGAACAGAACAUGAGCAGGUUACAAGGACGCAUGAAGGACCUCCAGGCUGUGAGAGAUGGGCUGGAGAGCCAAGUGGAGAAUCUGAGGAAGGCUAACCAAGAGGAAGUGUCCAGAAGAAGGCAGGUAGAAACAGAGCUGGAAAGCACCACCAUGGCCAUGAAAGAGUAUAUCAGCACCAUCACCACUCUACGCCAGAACCAAGAACAUGCCAACUUGUCAGAAAAGAGAGGUGAAGAAGAGCGUCUUAGGUUACAGGAGGAGCUGGAGAGAAGCUUGAGACAGAACAUGACAUUUACAGAGCGCAUUACACAGCUGAGUGCUGAGCUGAAGGCCCUACAGCAACAACUCUUCCAGGAGCAGGCCAGAGUCAAAGAGGCAAACCUCAGGAAUGAGGGCCUUUACAGAACUAUAGAGGAGAAGAGUACGGCACUGAAUGAGAACUCUGUUCAGCUUCAGAGACUGAAGGAGAUGACAGAAACCCAGACCAAAGAGAGGCUGAGGCUGGAGGAGGAACUGAGGGCAACUCGACAUGAUAAAGAGGAACUCCAGAGAUCCAAACAGGGAAUUAAUGAUGAGCUCUCCUCCCAGAUUACUGCUCUGGAGCUGCAGCUGCAGGCCAGUGAGCGCAGCAAUGUAGAUUACCGCGACCUGGUCUCAGAGCUCUCGUCAGAGAGGGAGCAACAAAACAAGACUUCUGCAGAGCGCAUUACACAGCUGAGCGCCGAGCUGAAGGCCCUACAGCAACAACUCCUCCAGGAGCAGGCCAGAGUCAAAGAGGCAAACCUCAGGAAUGAGGGCCUUUACAGAACUAUAGAGGAGAAGAGUACAACACUGAAUGAGAACUCUGUUCAGCUUCAGAGGCUGAAGGAGAUGACAGAAACCCAGACCAAAGAGAAGCUGAGGAUGGAGGAGGAACUUAGGGCAACACGACAUGAUAAAGAGGAACUCCUGAGAUCCAAACAGGGAAUUAAUAAUGAGCUCUCCUCCCAGAUUACUGCUCUGGAGCUGCAGCUGCAGGCCAGUGAGCGCAGCAAUGUAGAUUACCGCAAGCUGGUCUCAGAGCUUUCGUCAGAGAGGGAGAAACAAAACAAGACCUCUGCAGAGCACGUUACACAGCUGAGCGCCGAGCUGAAGGCCCUACAGCAACAACUCCUUCAGGAGCAGGCCAGAGUCAAAGAGGCAAACCUCAGGAAUGAGGGCCUUAACAGAACUAUAGAGGAGAAGAGUACAGUACUGAAUGAGAACUCUGUUCAACUUCAGAGGCUGAAAGAGAUGUCAGAAACCCAGACCAAAGAGAAGCUGAGGCUGGAGGAGGAACUUAGGGCAACACGACAUGAUAAAGAGGAACUCCUGAGAUCCAAACAGGGAAUUAAUGAUGAGCUCUCCUCCCAGAUUACUGCUCUGGAGCUGCAGCUGCAGGCCAGUGAACGUAACAAUGUAGAUUACCGCAACCUGGUCUCAGAGCUUUCCUCAGAGAGAGAGAAACUCAAGCUGGAGACUGAGAAAAUACAAACGCAGGCCACCGAGACAACAGCAAUGAUGCAAUCCAUUCAGUCCCAGUACAGUGAAAUUGUGAGUGAGAGAGAUGCUCUUUUGCGGAAACUGCAAUUGUUGGAAAAGGACAAAGAUCACAACCAAAGGCUGGAUGAGGAACUCAGUCGCAUUAAACUGUCCCUGGACUCUGAGGUUCGCAAUAAGCAACGCCUACAGGAGGAGAAUGAAAGGGUGAAGAGGGAUUUAAGUUACUGGAAGGACCAGUGUGAUAGUAAGCAGGGCCUGAUCAAGCAAUAUGACACAGAUAAGGAACGUCUGGAAAGGGAAAAGAACUCUUUAAGAAGUGAAAUAGACAGGCUGAUGAGGGAACUCAGGGAGCUUGAGGAGACAUAUAAAAGUAGGCUGUCAUCCAUGCAGAAAGAAUUGCGAGAGGUGGAUGUUGUCAGACAAACCAUGGAGACUGAGCUGAAGAGAACUAGAGAGCCCCCAACCUUGGAUGCCUCCACUCUGGUUUUUGAUGGAGUCCGUAAGUCAGUCACAGCAAACCAGUUGCUUGACUGUGGUGUUUUGGACAAACCAACAUUUAGCCAGCUUGUAAAGGGGCAUAAGACUGUCCCUGAUGUGUCUGUCGACAAGAAGGUCAGCCUAAAAGGGACAGGCCCAAUAGCUGGUGUGGUAAUUGAAGGUCCAAAAAAUCCAGGGUAUAUUACUGGACCCCUAUACAAAAUGACUUUCACAGAAGUCAAGAAAAAGAAUCUGCUGCCACCAGAUAGCGUUAACCUGCUACUGGAUGCUCAGGCUGCCACAGGCCACAUAAUUGACCCCAGAACUAAUCAGAAGUUGACAGUUGAAGAGGCAUGUGAUCAAGGUGUGGUUGAUGAGGAGGACAAAGAGAGGUUGCUAGCAGCAGAAGCUGCGGCUGUAGGAUAUAAUGACCCUGGCACAAGCAAACCUCUGUCAGUAUUUCAGGCCAUGAAGAAAGGACUGAUUGACAAGAACACGACACUGCGUCUACUACAAGCUCAGGAGUCUGUGGGGGGCAUCCUAGACCCCAUUCUCAGUGUGUUCCUUCCCAAAGACACAGCCAUUGAGCGUAACCUAAUUAAUGAUGACAUAUAUCGUGUUUUGAAUCAGAGGCCUGAGCUCUAUCUGGACCCAGAAAGUGAGGAAGGUGUAACCUAUAUGUCAAUGAAGAGGAGAUGCAAGGUAGAUCCACACACAGGCCUUCUGCUUCUUCCUAUUGUUGAGAAUGUAGAUCCCUCCAAACUUGUCUUUGAUGGUGUUCGAAAACCUGUCACAGCCAAGCAGCUGCUUGAUUGUGGUGUCCUGGACAAGCCAACAUUUAAAGAUCUAGAAAAGGGGAAUAAAAAUGUCCCAGAGGUGUCUGUAGACAAAAACAUUAAUCUUAAAGGGACUGGGCCUAUUGCUGGGAUUUUAGCUGGAAGUCAAGGCAAAAUGUCUUUCUCAGAAGCCAAGAAACAAAUGCUCCUGCCCGAAGAUAGUGCAGAUUUGCUACUGGAAGCCCAGGCUGCCACAGGCCACAUCAUCGACCCAAGAACCAAUCAGAAGCUAACCGUAGAGGAGGCAUGUGCUAGAGGGAUUGUGGAUGUUAGGGAUCGAGAUAGAUUAUUGGCAGCAGAGGCUGCUGCUGUGGGAUACAAGGACUCAAGCACAGCCAAGCCUCUCUCAGUGUUUGAGGCCAUGAAGAAGGAAUUAAUUGACAAGAAGACUGGGAUACGCUUGUUGCAGGCCCAGGAGUCUGUGGGAGGUAUUCUAGAUCCCAAUCUCAGUGUGUUUCUUCCCAAAGAUACAGCUAUCAAGCGCAACCUUUUGGAUGAAAACCUCCGUCGAGCUCUAAACCAGAGUCCUGAGUGUUACCUUGACCCAGAAACUGAGUGCGAUGCCAGCUAUGGAACACUGAAGAAAAGAUGCAAAACAGAGCCUCACACAGGUCUUCUACUUUUGCCCAUCACUGAGAGGAAAGACCCUUCUAAACUGAUUUUUGAUGGCGUUCGUAAGCCAGUAACAGCAAAGCAAUUGCUUGAUUGUGGGGUCCUGGACAAACCAACGUUCAGCAAACUAAUGAAGGGAGAGAAAACUGUCCCAGAGGUGUCUGAGGAUAAGAAGGUCUCUCUGAAGGGGACAGGAUCAAUUGCUGGCGUGGCAGCUGGACCUUUAGGGAAAAUGUCCUUAUCAGAGGCCAAGAAACAGAUGCUCAUGCCCCCAGAUAGUGCAGAUUUGCUACUGGACGCCCAGGCUGCCACAGGUCACAUCAUUGACCCCACAACCAAUCAGAAGCUGACAGUAGAGGAAGCAUGUGCUAGAGGAGUGGUGGACAAUAGGGAUCGGGAUAGACUGUUAGCAGCAGAAGCUGCUGCUGUGGGCUACAGGGAUCCUAGCACAGCUAAGCCUCUCUCAGUGUUUGAGGCCAUGAAGAAGGGACUAAUUGACAAGAAGACUGGGCUACGCCUGCUGCAGGCCCAGGAGUCUGCUGGGGGCAUUCUUGAUCCCAAUCUCAGUGUGUUCCUCCCCAAAGAUACAGCUAUAAAGCGUAAUCUUUUGGAUGAGGACCUCCGUCAUGCUCUAAACCAGAGUCCUGCUUGCUACCUUGAUCCAGACACAGAGCAUGAUACCAGCUAUGGGGCUUUAAAGAAGAGAAGCAAAACAGAGUCUCACACAGGCCUGAUACUUGUUCCAAUCACUGAGAGGAAAGACCCUUCUAAUCUGAUGUUUGACGGAAUCCGCAAGCCAGUCUCAGCACAGCAGUUGUUUGAAUGUGGAGUCCUUGACAAGCCAACAUUUGACCAGCUAGUGAAAGGGGAGAAAACUGUCCCAGAGGUGUCUGUGGAAAAAACAGUCUAUCUAAAGGGGACUGGACCCAUUGCUGGAGUGGUAGCUGGACGUCAAGGAAAAAUGUCUUUGUCAGAAGCCAAGAAACAAAUGAUCCUGCCCCCAGAUAGUGCUGAUUUGCUACUCGAAGCCCAGGCUGCCACAGGCCACAUCAUUGACCCUAAAACUAAUCAAAAGCUGACAGUAGAGGAGGCAUGUGCUAGAGGAGUGGUGGAUUUUAGGGAUCAAGACAGAUUAUUGGCAGCGGAGGCUGCUGCUGUGGGCUACAAAGAUUCUAGCACAGCAAAGCCUCUUUCAGUGUUUGAGGCCAUGAAGAAGGGAAUAAUUGACAAGAAGACUGGGCUACGCCUGCUGCAGGCCCAGGAGUCUGCAGGAGGUAUUCUAGAUCCCAAACUCAGCGUGUUCCUCCCCAAAGAUGCAGCUAUCAAACGUAACCUUUUGGAUGAAAACCUCCGUCAUGCUCUAAACCAGAGUCCUGCUUGUUACCUCGACCCAGACACAGAGCGUGAUACGAGUUAUGGUGCAUUAAAGAAGAGAAGCAAAACAGAGUCUCACACAGGCCAAAUACUUCUGCCAAUCACUGAGAGGAAAGACCCUUCCAAUCUGAUGUUUGAUGGAAUCCGCAAGCCAGUCUCAGCACAGCAGUUGUUUGAAUGUGGAGUCCUUGACAAGCCAACAUUUGACCAGCUAGUGAAAGGGGAGAAAACCGUCCCAGAGGUGUCUGUGGAAAAAACAGUCUAUCUAAAGGGGACUGGGCCCAUUGCUGGGGUAGCAGCUGGACGUCAAGGAAAAAUGUCUUUGUCAGAAGCCAAGAAACAGAUGUUCAUGCCCCAAGAUAGUGCUGAUUUGCUACUCGAAGCCCAGGCUGCCACAGGCCACAUCAUUGAUCCUAAAACUAAUCAAAAGCUGACAGUAGAGGAGGCAUGUGCCAGAGGAGUGGUGGAUAUUAGGGAUCGUGACAGAUUAUUGGCAGCAGAGGCUGCUGCUGUAGGCUACAAAGAUCCUAGCGCAGCAAAACCUCUUUCAGUGUUUGAGGCCAUGAAGAAGGGAAUGAUUGACAGAGAGACUGGGCUACGCCUGCUGCAGGCCCAGGAGUCUGUGGGAGGUAUUCUAGAUCCUAAUCUCAGUGUGUUCCUCCCCAAAGAUGCAGCUAUCAAACGUAACCUUUUGGAUGAGGACCUCCGUCAUGCUCUAAACCAGAGUCCUGCUUGUUACCUUGACCCAGAAACUGAGUGUGAUACGAGCUAUGGAACAUUGAAGGAAAGAUGCAAGACAGAGCCUCAAGCAAGCCUCCAACUUUUGCCAGUCUCUGAGAAGUUUGACCCCUCCAAACUACUCUUUGAGGCUGUCCGUAAGACAGUUACAGCACAACAGUUGCUUGAUUGUGGGGUCCUGGACAAACCAACAUUCAACAAACUAAUCAAGGGGGAGAAAACUGUCUCAGAGGUGUCUGUGGAUAAGAGGGUCUUUCUGAAGGGGACUGGGUCAAUUUCUGGUGUUGCAGCUGGACCUCAAGGGAAAAUGACUUUUACAGAAGCCAAGAAAAAGAAAAUUAUGUCUGCUGAAAGUGCUGACAUGCUACUGGAUGCUCAGGCAGCAACAGGCAACAUCGUUGACGUCAGAACUAAUCAGAGGUUGACUGUAAAGGAAGCGUGUGCCAGAGGAGUAGUGGAUAAGGAAGAUGAAUCAAAGUUAUUUGCAGCUGAAUCUGCAACUAUAGGUUACAGAGACCCAAAUACGGGCAAGCUCCUGUCAGCUGGCCAAGCCAUGAAGAAGGGAUUAAUUGACAAGGAUACAGCUCUACGUAUACUCCAGGCUCAGGAAUCUGUAGGUGGCAUUUUGGACCCUGCCCUUGGUUUAUUUCUCCCCAAAGACAUUGCUAUGGAUAGGGAUCUAAUAGAUGAGGACCUUUACCAGGCCCUGAAUCAGUAUCCUGAGUGUUAUCUGGACCCAGACACACAACAACCAGCUACUUAUGUAUCGCUGAAGAAAAAAUGCAAAGCAGAUCGGAGCACAGGUCUUUUGCUUCUUCCUGAACCCAAAAAGCCAUUAACUUUACAGGGGCUCAGGGGCCAGGUGUUGGUCAAAGAUCUAGUGGAUGCAAACUUAUUAGACCGGUCAGAUAUGGACCAACUGAGGGAGGGCAGAUUGACGAGCCAGGACAUUGAAGACCGCCUGCACUCCUACCUGAGAGGUUCCACCUGCAUAGCAGGAGUUUAUGAUGAGGCCAGUGAUAAGGUGAUGCCCUUCUACCAGGCCAUGAAAGAUGGACUGUUGCGACCUGGGACUACUUUGGAACUGCUUGAGGCUCAGGCUGCCUCAGGUUUUAUAGUUGAUCCUGUCAACAACCAAUACCUGACUGUUACUGAUGCCUACAACAAAAGACUGUUUGGACCAGAGUUUAAGGACAACCUGCUAUCAGCAGAGAGGGCUGUGACUGGUUACAAACGUCCUGGUACUGACAAGGUUAUCUCCCUCUUUCAGGCCAUAGAGAGAGGUCUAGUUGAGAAAGGUCAUGGCAUCCGUCUACUGGAGGCCCAGAUUGCCAGUGGUGGUAUAAUUGAUCCUGAACACAGCCAUCGUAUUGACGUUAAUGUAGCCUACAAGAGAGGUUACUUUGAUAAGGAAAUGAACAAUAUCCUGACCAAUCAGAAUGUUGAUACUAAGGGUUUCUUUGACCCCAACACGGAGGAAAACCUAACUUACAUGGAGCUUAAGAAACUCUGUACUACAGAUAAGAAGACUGGCCUCAUUCUUUUACCUAUCUUAGACAAGAAAAAGCUAGAGUCGACUCAAAAGAACACUCGGAGAAAGAGGAGAGUGAUAAUUGUGGAUCCAGCGACUAAUAAAGAGAUGACAGUGCGUGAGGCAUAUGACAAAGGGUAUAUUGACUAUGAUACCUUCGUUGAGCUGUCUGAGCAGGAGUGUGAGUGGGAAGAGAUCACUAUCACUGCUCCAGAUGGUUCCAUACGGUUUGUCAUUAAUGACAAGAAGACUGGAAGACAGUAUGAUAUUACCGAGCUGAUUGAAAAAGGAGUAAUUGAUCAAUCGGAUCUAGAUCGGUACAGAUCACGUACCAUCAAUCUUACUCAGUUUGCAGAUAUCAUCAGCAACAAGACCAAACAUGGAUCAUCAUCAUUAUCUUCAUCAUCAUCAGCUUCAAGAACAUCAGCAUUUCCAGGUACAUCUUCAAUGACAUCAUCAUCAUCAACUUCAAGAACAUCAGCAUCUCCGGGUACAUCUUCAGUGACAUCAUCAUCGACUUUGAGAACAUCAGCAGCCUCAGUUCCAUUGUCAGUGACAUCAUCAUCAUCGUCAUCAUCAUCAUCAUCAGCCCUGUCAAGACCCUUAUCACCUACUCUCUCCAAGGUGACAUCAACAAGAACCACCACUGUCACCGAGCGAAGCGCCUCAUUUAGCAGUGUAGGUCAAGACUCACCUGAUUCCCUUAGGGGUAUAUCCAGCAUAUCAUUCACCCUGGCCUCUCCUGUUGAAACAGUGGGUGAACAGGAACCUGUGGGUGCCAUCUUUGACACAGAUACUAUAGAGAAGAUAUCCAUCACAGAGGCUCUAGAUCGUGGUCUGGUGGAUUCCAUCACUGCCCAGAGACUGCUGGAGGCUCAGGCCUGCACUGGAGGAAUCAUCAAUCCCACAAAUGGCCGUAGGCUCAGCAUCCAAGAGGCCACCCGCCAGGGCAUAAUAAAUGACGACAUGGCAACUAAGCUUAAGCCUGCCCAGAAAGCCUUUUUUGGCUUUGAGGAUGUAAAAAACAGGAAGAAGAUGUCUGCUGCUCAGGCUAUGAAGGAGAUGUGGCUGCCAUAUGAGGCAGGGCAGAGAUUCCUGGAGUUCCAGUAUGUAACAGGGGGACUUUAUGACCCAGAAAUGGGGUGUAGAAGAACCUUAGAAGAAGCUGUGAAAAUGGGCUGGCUGGAUGGGAGAGCAGCCCAGAAGCUCCAAGACACCAGACAGCAAACAAAGAACCUGACCUGCCCCAAGAGCAAACUAAAGAUCUCUUACAAGGAUGCUCUGGAUAAUUGCCUGGUGGAGGAAAGCAGCGGGGUGAAAAUGCUCCAGGCAUCAGCCGAGUCUUCCAGAGGGAUCAGCAGUCCUUACAAUGUGUCCUCUGCCCCAGGAUCCACCACUGGCUCCAGGAGUGGCUCACGACGAGGCUCCCGCAGGAGCAGUGUGGACCUAGGCUCCCCCAGUAACUCAUCAACUAGUUGCACCACCUUAAGUCAUACUAGCUACGCCACUUUCUCCUCAACAUCCGCCAAAUAAAUCAAAAAAUGUUCUGCACAUUCAUACUUGCAAAUAAAUCUGUUAAGAGUAUACUGAUUGUUUAGAAAAGAGCUUGUGUGUAUUGUACACAAGGAGAAGAAUUUAAAGAUAACAUCAUCCGAAGAUCAUGUUCUUAAUCUUUUUGCAUAGUUUUAGAUUUUAGCUUUGGUGUUGCUAUGCUUUUAAAAUGUUAUAGUUCAAAAGGUAAUGACAAUGAACACUGCCUAGAUAUUUUUUGUGGAAACUAAAGUAUUAAUGGCAGCCAUCUUCAGGUAUAUGGAUUGAAAAUAAAAUGUAUAUUAGCAAAGCUGCUGGUGCCCCUACUAGGCUAGGUUCAGAAAUGUUUGCCAUAUUUUUGCAUACACAUAGGCCUAUUUGACCAAUGUUGUUAAAAUCUUCAUGGAAUGUAAUUUCUUUUUAAGCUUUAGAUUGUUAACAUGAUGGUAUUAGGUUUAUAUUUAAUCCACAUCUAAAAUGCCUGUUUUGUGAGGAAAGGGAAGCAAAGGUUGGGUUACAUAUAUUAGCUUAACUACUUUUUUACUAAAUCAGUUAAACAUCGGUUUUUGCUGUUUAGUGCUUCUGGUCUUGUAAAAGUUUCUCAGUAUCUCGAAAUAAAUACUAACCUUUGAGUCUUUUGCUUAC